AUGUUCAAGCUUGCGCGCGGUCGCCCAGUCGCCGCAGCUUUCAGAGCUGCUACCGAUGCAUCUGUACAGAGUAGACUCGCGCAGCAGCAACGACGAAACCUCUCCAUCCACGAAUAUCUGUCUGCCAACCUGCUGAAACAAUAUGGCGUCGGAACUCCCAAGGGCGCUGUCGCCCGCACCGCGGAGGAGGCAGAGGCUGUUGCUAAGGAGAUUGGUACGGGCGACAUGGUCAUCAAGGCCCAGGUUCUUGCUGGUGGUCGAGGCAAGGGUUCCUUCGACAACGGUCUGAAGGGUGGUGUCCGCGUUAUCUACUCCCCGACGGAGGCCAAGAUGUUCGCCGGCCAGAUGAUCGGCCACAAGCUUAUCACCAAACAGACUGGUGCCAAGGGCCGUCUCUGCAGUUCGGUCUACAUUUGUGAGCGCAAGUUUGCCAGGCGUGAAUUCUACCUCGCCAUCCUCAUGGACCGUCAGACCCAGAGCCCCGUUAUCGUCUCUUCUUCCCAGGGUGGCAUGGACAUCGAAGCUAUCGCCAAGGAGUCGCCUGACGCUAUCAACACAACCCCCAUCGACAUCAACGUUGGCGUCACCGACGAGAUUGCCCGCAAGAUUGCUACCGACCUUGGUUUCUCCGAGCAGUGCAUCGAGGAUGCCAAGACUACCAUCCAGAACCUGUACAAGGUCUUCGUGGAGAAGGACGCUACCCAGAUCGAGAUCAACCCUCUGUCAGAGACCUCCGACCACCAGGUGCUGGCUAUGGACGCCAAGCUUGGAUUCGACGACAACGCCGAAUUCAGACAGAAGGAGAUCUUCUCCUGGAGGGAUCCCACGCAGGAGGACCCUGACGAGAUUAAGGCUGCUGAGCACGGCCUGAACUUCAUCAAGCUUGAUGGUGACAUUGGAUGCUUGGUCAACGGUGCCGGUCUCGCCAUGGCCACUAUGGAUAUCAUCAAGCUGAACGGAGGAAGCCCCGCUAACUUCCUGGAUGUUGGUGGUGGUGCCACCCCUGCUGCCAUUCGCUCCGCCUUCGAGCUUAUCACCAACGACCCCAAGGUCACCGCUAUCUUCGUUAACAUCUUCGGUGGUAUCGUCCGCUGCGACGCCAUCGCACAGGGUCUGAUCCACGUCGUCAACGACAUGGGUCUCCGUACCCCCAUCAUUGCCCGUUUGCAGGGUACCAACAUGGAGCAGGCUCAGAAGCUGAUCAACGACUCUGGCCUGAAGAUCUUCUCCAUCCAGGACCUCCAGAGCGCCGCCGAGAAGUCGGUCCAGUUCUCCAAGGUCGUCAAGAUGGCUCGGGAUAUUGACGUCGGAGUCGAGUUCACCCUCGGUAUCUAA